GUUGAUGGUUUCACUUAGAGCCAGAGGUAGAAGCUCUCUGGGUGGACAAGUCAGACCAGGCAUCGGUGGAUGUCACUGCAGCAAAGCAAGAUUAGCUGAAGAUGCUAUCUGCCUAUCACCUUUGAGAAUAAUCACAACCAAAAACUGAGGCGUUGGCUUUGAGGCCUGGGGUGCAGGUGGCCUCCCUUUCCAGCUUUCACUACACGAUAUUCUUGGCGAUACCUGCAAGCAUCUGGUGAACGCACGUAGAUGCGCGAGUCUGGGAGCCCCCACAGCUAGACCCUUUCGCACAGGCUGCUGAGAAAGUCUUGGCCCUUGCUCCUUUUGGGACUUCCUUCCCUCUUUGUAGGAUGGAUGAGGAGUCGCCAGAUGAACUGUUCUUCAAAGACCAGGACUUCUCCUCUGACUUGUUGAGGCAGCUCAAUGGCUUGAGACAAAACAGGAUGCUGACGGAUGUGAGCAUCUGCGCUGGUACCUGGGAGGUCCCCUGCCACCGAAAUGUACUGGCCUCCAGCAGCCCCUACUUCAAGGCCAUGUUCUGCAGCAAUUUCCGGGAGAACAGUGAGGCCAAAGUCCAGCUGAAAGGCAUCGACUCGCCGACCCUGGACCAGAUCGUCCUGUACGUGUACACGGGCGAAGUACACAUCACAGCCGAAAGCGUCCUUCCCCUGAUGGGGGCAGCUUCCAUGCUGCAGUACCCCAAGCUCUUUGAGGCCUGCUCCUCAUACCUUCAGAGCCAGCUGGCCCCCAGCAACUGCCUGGGCAUGAUCAGACUCUCAGAAAUCUUAAGCUGUGAGACCCUCAAGAAGAAAGCCAGGGAGGUGGCCUUGACCUGUUUCCCAGAGGUGGCUGCAUCAGCGGACCUGAAGGAGCUCUGUGCCGUGGAGUUGCAAGACUACCUGGGAGAUGAUGGUCUCUGUGGGGAGGAGGAAAAGGUGUUUGAGGCCCUCAUGGUUUGGAUCAAGCAUGACCUCCAGGCCCGGAAGCAAUACGUGCAGGACCUGUUCCAGCAGGUCAGGCUUCAGUACAUCCAUCCAGCCUUCUUCCACCACUUCAUCGCCAACGACAGCCUCCUUCAAUCCUCGCCCACAUGCAGGACGAUCCUGGAGACAGCCAAGAGGCACAUGUUUUCUUUGCACAGCACCAGCACCCCAGACUGCAAGCCCCCAUGGCACGUCCCUCCAAGGAACUCUUACCAAGACUGCCUCAUCCUCUUGGGUGGAAGAAAAGACAACCAGCAGACCACCAGGGAUGUCCUGCUAUACAAUGGACAAACCGGCCAAUGGCGGAGCCUUGCUAAACUCCCAGCUCGGCUGUACAAGGCCUCGGCUGUCACCUUGCACCGCAGCAUCUAUGUGUUUGGGGGCAUGGCUGUUAAUGCAGGGAAGAGUCUGGUCAGUCACAAUGUCUACAUCUUCUCCCUGAAACUCAAUCAGUGGAGGCUGGGGGAGCCCAUGCUGGUGGCCCGCUACUCCCACAGAAGCACUGCCCAUAAGAACUUCAUCUUCUCCAUCGGGGGCAUUGGAGAAGGGCAAGAGCUCAUGGCCUCCAUGGAGAGGUAUGACAGCAUCUGCAACGUCUGGGAGAGUAUGGCCAGCAUGCCAGUUGGGGUUCUCCAUCCGGCUGUCGCUGUGAAAGACCAAAGACUGUACCUCUUUGGGGGAGAGGACAUCAUGCAGAACCCUGUGCGCCUUAUUCAGGUUUAUCACAUUUCCAGAAACACAUGGUUCAAAAUGGAGACGAGAAUGAUCAAGAACGUGUGUGCUCCUGCAGUGGUGCUCGGGGAGCAGAUCAUCAUUGUGGGAGGUUACACAAGGAGGAUUCUGGCUUACGACCCUCAGUCCAAUAAGUUUGUCAAAUGUGCGGACAUGAAAGACCGGAGGAUGCACCACGGGGCCACGGUGAUGGGGAACAAGCUGUACGUGACAGGCGGCCGGCGGCUGACUGUGGACUGCAGCAUCGAGGACUCAGCCUCCUUUGACUGCUACGACCCCGACACGGACACCUGGACCUCCCAGGGACAGCUGCCUCACAAGCUCUUCGACCACGCCUGCCUUACUCUCCCAUGCAUACCCCAGGCGCCCAGCCUCCCAUGAGGGGGAUGAGAAACCUCUGUCUUAGGCAAGACGCUUUCUGUUCAGGGACAGAAAUGCAACUCCAAAGAGGAUUAAGCUACCCUACAAGGAGGCAGGGAGAGCAGGGAGGCCUGGAACCGGGCGUGUUGUUGCCAGAAAACUCUUUCUGCUCCCCCCCCCCCGAUCUGUCUUCUCUCUCUGUCUCUGUCUCUCUCCUCUCCCGCCCCUACCCCCAUCUCUACUCUCUCUGUGUGUCUCUGUUUCUCUCUCCUCUGGUCUCUCUUCUCUGUCUUCUCUCCCUCUCUCCUCACCCUUUCCCUCUCUCUCUACCUCAUCCCUAUUAGGCUUCACUCUACAAACAAGCUUCUUUAUUCACACAGUAUGGGGACAGUGACAACUGCUAAACCCAGACUCACAUUCUCUAGCUGUGCACCUUCAGGAGAGAAAUUUAUCUGUCAUUAUUCACAUAGUAGUCCUAAAAACCAGUGCUGAUGGGCCCUAUUUGUAUUCCAUACCUCCCUCCUGAGCCAUCACCUUUGCCAGGGACUGUGCAGCUGUAACUAGCCAGUCCUGGAUCAUAUCCCCACAGGAAGAGGUGGGGAUAACUAUUGUGACUGACAGCCCAUUCGAAUUGCAUGUAAUGAGAAAGAAGCGGUUUCUCAAAAGAAGAAAUUCUGGGGUGACAAAAAUCACAUCUGCCCAGGACACUGUUGAAAUCCAGAACAGAGGGCUGAGAGACCCGGGAGGAUCGCUGGAGGCCCUUGGUUCAGGUGGCAGCAUGAGCAAUUGGCCAUGACUGUGUUUCUCUGCAUUCUACAGAUGUAGUACAUUGAAAUUCCAAAUAAGUAUGUGCAAUCCAGUAUCUAGUGUUUGAAAAUUAUCCUGCGCUGCCAGAAUAAAGUGUGUUUCUGGUGCCAAA